UCUCGCCUUCCAGCUUGUCCUUACCUCCAUCCCGCUUGUCAAUUCACACCAUGAGAGUAGCAGGAAAGGUUGCAAUCAUCACAGGCGCGUCCUCUGGAUUCGGAAAGGCGCUAGCAUGGCGCUUGACAGGAAAAGGUGGUAAAGUCGUGCUCGGCGAUAUUAGCGAAGCCGCGGGAAAAGCAUUGGAGAAAGAACUGAAUGCAAAACAUCCUGGAUCCGCGGUAUUUGCGGUGUGCGAUGUCACCAAAAAGUCAGACCAGGAGCGGCUGUUCGAGCUCGCAAAAAGCAAGUUUGGAAGCAUUGACAUCGUUGUCAACAACGCUGGUAUUGGGGAAGGUACCUCUUUUGCUCAAGACACACAAGACUCUUGGAUCAAAGUAUUGCGCAUUGAUUUGGAGGCUGUUAUCUUGGGAACGAGGUUGGCGAUUUCUGAGAUGAUAAAGGCUGGAAAAGGUGGCGUAAUCUUAAAUACGGCGUCCUUGGCUGGUUUGUACCCCCAGCCUUUCCAGCCGGUGUAUGCUGCAGCCAAGGGUGGCGUUGUACACUUUACACGCUCCCUUGGUCACUUGGCCCAAACCCACGGCAUCUACUGCAAUGCAAUCUGUCCAUCCUUCUCCCCAACUGGAAUCCUUGAGGCCGGUGAAAAGCAAUUUGGAGAAGAAUUCAAAAAGUACACUGAGAAGCGUGUUCCAGUAGAACUUGUCAUUGACGCCUUCGUGAGGGGCAUUGAGGACGAAAACUUAGCGGGUGCUUGUAUCCGGAUUACCCCAGAACUUGGGAUUGAUAUCUACAACUGGAGAAGGACCAAGGCCAAGAUCUAGCAGUCUCCGGACUUCCAGCGACUAUUGCUGCAAGUUACGAAUGUUUUGUUGUUGUUUAGAUGUUCGGCAAUGAAGUGAAUAGAGCACCCUCAUGAUUUUCUCAAUACUAAGAUGUUGACGAUAUAAAUUAUGUUCCUCAACCUUAAAUAUCCCACCCAAUUCUGCCACCCGCGAAGACCACUAGCAACAAAUAUAAUACAUUAC